UUUUACCAAAACCCCGUCUUACGCCUCAAUCUUCAAGGACGAAUAUGUUUCUUGACAGUAGGUGGCGCUGUGUGAUUGUGCAGUUGGUUUGCAACGGGCCUAUAAACACACUAAAGAAGAAAUCAGCUGACAUGCACGGAUGGAAACAGGAAACAUGCUCAAAUUAAGAUAAAAAUACACAACUAACUUGAAACAACAUAGUUAAGUUUUGUUAGGGAUAUUUUCUAUUUUUCAUUUGUAUAAUUUGUGACGCUAAUUUGACUAGUUAUAGCUAUUUGAUACAUUAAAUGAGGUUCCUUUUUGCUUUCCGCUACUUUUCUAUUUAGCGUUCACACAACAAGAUACAUCACUGAGAGAAAUAUACUACUAAACGCACGUUAAGGUGUUCUGAACAUUUUAGCAGUCAUCUUUAUUAUCAUGACUUCUUCGUUUAAAAUCGGAGCGAGAUUUCAGGAGAAGGCGAGAGAUUUGCUGGAGGAUGUAUCCGCAGUUUCAGAAGAGCUGAAGGAAGAACUGAAGGCUCUGACAGAUCAGUCCAUCGUACCAUUCAAGACUGUGAGAAAACUACACAAGCUUCUUCGAGAAAAUGGACAUCCAGUGUAUCUUCAUGAACUGUUUGAGGACAGCACACUUCAUCUUCCAGAAGUCAUCCCAGCUCCAAGGAACCCCCAGUUGGUGGCUCGCUUAGAAAAAAUUAAAGCAAAACUCGCCAAUGAGGAAUAUAAGAGAAUAACACGGAAUGUAAAUCCACAGGAAAUGAAUAAUCAUGGAACUUUAGCAGAUUUUGGACGACAAGUGCGUUCCGUGAAGGCAGUUGUUGUUACUGUAUUCAACUUCCUGGUAACUGUAGUUGCAGCAUUUGCCUGCUCAUACCUGGGCAGCCAGUAUAUCUUCACUGAGACAACAGCGAGAGUUAUAGCUGCAGUGAUUGCAGCUUCUGUUGUCGGUCUUGCUGAGCUUUAUGUUCUGGUUCGGACUAUGGAGGGAGAACUUGGAGAGCCCUGACACCAACUAAAAUCAUUCAAUAUUGCAAUAUUUCCAUAUUGUUUUGUGUCAUGUUUUUCCACUGUGCAGCUUUGUUUUUCUCCAAAUCAAAAUGAUUUGGAAUAUUCAGUAAAAAGGCUUCAUUUACACUAAAAUGCCCAAGAUUAGAAUUAAUCAGACAGCUGUGAAUUAAUCUAAAUGUUAAUUAAUCAAUUAAGUGGUUUUUGAAGCCACUUCUUUGAUCUCAAGACACUGGGUGGUACAUUAUGAUCAGGUUGUCUUGUUUAUCUUUGUAUUUAUUUAGAUUUCCUCUACAGGAGGGUUAUUCCUUGCUUCACUUAUAACUAAAAAACAAGAUUGUAAAUGGUUUAUUGUGAUUGUUACUGACUCACAAGAUGUUGUGUUGAAAAGCGUCUUUUUUUUUUCAGAAGAAAAUAAUAAAAACAUUCAAAAACUAA